AUGGAAGUUGCAGAGGAGGAGCAGCGAUUUGGGGAAGAUGAUGAACACCGCUUCAGCGGUCUCCCCACGAAGCUCGCUGCGACGACGCCGCGCCGCCUGGAGCUCGAAGCCAGUCCCGUCCGACGCCUGGAUCUUCCUCCGCACGAGCCCCGACGACUCCCGCCGUUCGCCUCUGCCGUCUCCCUGCAGAGCCUCCACCCGCGACGCGUCUGUUCCGACGCCGCGCCCACACCACGACAACGCUGCUGCAACCACCAACCGCUGCACCCGCACCGGCCCGCGCCUCCUCUGCUGCUCGUGCCGUAUCUCCCCCCAGUCAGCACCGACGUCCAGCAGCACUACCGAAGUUCGACGCUACCCGCAGCAGUUGCCGGACCUCCUCGGCCUCCGUCCCCGCGCCGCUCGAUCCGACCUGUCACUGCUGCUCUGUCCAAAACCAGGCAGACCCGCGCUGCUCGCUUCCCCGACGUCCUGCCGACCCACGUUGCUCGCCACCCCGAAGCCAAGCAAACCCGCGUUGCUCACUGCCCGCGAUGCCCCUCACCGACGCCGCCGCGCCUCCUCCUCAGCCGCGACGCAGCCCCUACCGGAUCGACGCCUGCACGCCGGUGCUCUGUCCCUGCCACCUCCUCGCCCCACCGGACGCCGAGCCGACGCCCCUGCAGCGCCCCCGUUCGCGAAGCUACCUUCGAUUCACCUCUUCGCCGAUCGCUUGCUGCUGUUUUCCUCUCGCCGGAGCUCUGA